AUGGUCAGCGAUUUCUUCUACCCGCAGCCGGGAGGAGUCGAGAGCCAUAUCUACCAGCUGUCCACAAAGCUCAUGGACCGCGGCCACAAGGUCAUUGUCAUAACCCACGCCUACGAGGGUAGAACCGGCGUGCGAUAUCUCACAAACGGCAUCAAGGUCUAUCACGUUCCGUUCUUCGUCAUCUACCGGUCGGCAUCCUUCCCAACUGUCUUCUCCUUCUUCCCCAUCUUCCGCGAUAUCGUCAUCCGGGAGCAGAUCGAAAUCGUGCACGGGCACGCCUCGCUAAACAGUUUCUGCAAUGAGGCAAUCCUACACGCCAGAACGAUGGGCCUCCGGACGGUCUUUACUGAUCAUUCACUAUUCGGCUUUGCUGAUGCGGCCAGCAUCUUAACAAACAAGCUACUCAAAUUCAUUUUGAGUGACGUGGAUCAUUGUAUUUGCGUCAGUCACACAUGCAAGGAGAAUACGGUUCUUCGGGCCUCUCUAGAUCCAUUGAUGGUCUCGGUAAUCCCAAAUGCCGUAGUUGCUGAGAAUUUCAAGCCUCGUUCUGCUGAGGGCCCAACCAGCCAAGGCUUCAGCCAGGACCUCCUCCCGCCUGUCCACCGUCUAGGCCCACAGGACACAAUCACCAUUGUUGUCAUCUCCCGUUUGUUCUAUAACAAGGGAAUAGACCUCCUGACAGCUGCCAUCCCUCGUAUCUUGGAGAACCACCCAAACACCCGUUUCAUCAUUGGCGGUUCGGGGCCAAAGGCAAUCGAUCUGGAGCAGAUGAUCGAACAGAACGUUCUGCAAGAUCGUGUUGAGAUGCUAGGUUCAAUUCGUCACGACGAGGUUCGUGAUGUCAUGGUCCGUGGCCAGAUCUACCUACAUCCUUCUCUAACUGAAGCUUUUGGCACGGUCAUCGUCGAGGCUGCGAGUUGCGGUCUGUAUGUGGUCUGUACCCAGGUGGGCGGUAUACCUGAGGUGUUGCCGUCGCACAUGACCGUAUUCGCAAAGCCCGAAGAAGAUGACCUCGUGGCUGCCACUGGCAGGGCAAUCGCCGCCUUACGUUCAAACAAGGUGCGCACCGAGCGCUUCCAUGACCAGGUCAAGUCCAUGUAUUCGUGGACAAAUGUCGCCAUACGCACCGAGCGAGUGUACAACGGCAUCUCUGGUGCCAUCAGUGAAGCCGAGUUCUACGGUUACGACUCAGCGAAUGCCGCCAGUUGGAGUGCAACUAGGGGGCGAUCUGGCGUGCAGAGCUUUGCUCUUAUUGACCGGCUCAAGCGCUACUAUGGAUGCGGUAUAUGGGCUGGAAAGCUGUUCUGCCUUUGUGUCAUGAUCGACUAUCUACUCUUUUUGUUUCUGGAGUUCUGGUAUCCCAGAGAUCAGAUUGAUAUCGCCAGGGAGUGGCCUCGAAAGCCAGUCGAGGACCCCAGGGAGUCUACGAAGGAUAUCAGCAGAUGA